GAGAGGUCUUGGCAACGGCAUGGCGAGGUUCCGGCGGGCCGAGCUGGCCGCUGCAGGAGUUGUGUUACUUUGCCACUUUUUAACCGACCGAUUCCAGUUCGCUGAAGGGGAAGCUGGCAAUCAAAUGAAUGAUUGGAGAUAUGAAGUUGCUCAGGCCUUCCCUGGAACAGCAGAGGAGGUGGAAGUGGACUCCCAGGCAUACAGCCACAGGUGGAAAAGGAACCUGGACUCUCUCAAGGCAGUAGACACAAACCGAGCAAGCAUGGGCCAAGACUCUCCAGAACCCAGGGGCUUCUCAGAUCUGCUACUGGAUGACGGGCAGGACAACACCACACAGAUUGAGGAGGACACAGAUCACAAUUACUAUAUAUCUCGGAUAUAUGGCCCAUCUGACUCUGCCAGCCGGGAUUUGUGGGUGAACAUAGACCAAAUGGAGAAAGACAAAGUGAAGAUUCAUGGAAUACUCUCCAAUACUCAUCGGCAAGCUGCAAGAGUGAAUCUGUCCUUCGAUUUUCCAUUUUAUGGCCAUUUCCUACGUGAAAUCACUGUGGCAACUGGGGGUUUCAUAUACACUGGAGAAGUUGUGCAUCGGAUGCUAACAGCCACACAGUACAUAGCACCUUUAAUGGCAAAUUUUGAUCCCAGUGUUUCCAGAAAUUCAACAGUUAGAUAUUUUGAUAAUGGCACAGCCCUCGUUGUCCAGUGGGACCACGUUCAUCUCCAGGAUAAUUACAACCUGGGAAGCUUCACAUUCCAGGCAACUCUCCUCAUGGAUGGGCGCAUCAUCUUCGGAUAUAAAGAAAUUCCUGUCUUGGUCACACAGAUAAGUUCAACCAAUCAUCCCGUGAAAGUGGGGCUGUCUGACGCUUUUGUCGUUGUCCACAGGAUCCAACAAAUCCCCAAUGUUCGAAGAAGAACAAUUUAUGAAUACCACCGAGUAGAGCUACAAAUGUCAAAAAUCACCAAUAUUUCUGCUGUGGAGAUGACCCCAUUACCGACAUGUCUUCAGUUUAAUGGCUGUGGCCCCUGUGUAUCCUCUCAGAUCGGCUUCAACUGCAGUUGGUGUAGUAAACUUCAAAGAUGUUCCAGUGGGUUUGAUCGCCAUCGGCAGGACUGGGUGGACAGCGGAUGCCCUGAAGAGUCUAAAGAGAAGAUGUGUGAGAACACAGAGCCCAUGGAAACAUCCUCUCAAACCACCACAACCCUGCAUGUGACAACCAUGCAGUUCAAGGUUUUGACCACCACCCGGAGGACAGCGACAUCCCAGCUGCCUACCAGCCUACCCACAGAAGAUGAUACCAAGAUAGCACUACAUCUAAAAGAUAAUGGGGCUUCGACAGAUGACAGUGCAGCUGAGAAGAAAGGGGGAACCCUGCAUGCCGGCCUCAUCGUUGGAAUCCUCAUUCUGGUCCUCAUUAUAGUAGCGGGCGUUCUUGUGACAGUCUAUAUGUAUCACCAUCCAACAUCAGCAGCCAGUAUCUUCUUCAUUGAGAGACGUCCAAGCAGAUGGCCUGCCAUGAAAUUUCGAAGGGGUUCUGGACAUCCUGCCUAUGCUGAAGUUGAACCAGUCGGAGAGAAAGAAGGUUUUAUUGUAUCAGAGCAGUGCUAAAAUUUCUAGGACUGAACAGCACCAGUACUGGCUUACAGGUGUUUAAGACUAAAAUUUUGCCUAUACCUUUAAGACAAAAAAAAAAAAAGAAAAACAAAAACAAAAAAAAAAAAACAAAGACACACACGCAAAGGAGCCCUAAGCUGCUGUAGCCUGAAGGAGACGAGAUUUCUGGACAAGCCCAGCCCAGGAAGUCUAAAAGAAAUUUUCAAGCUUAUACUGGAUACCAUUUAUACUGAGCAUGGAGUUCUCUAGUGGAAUGACAUCUGUAGUUCACUCGGAACAUCUCCUGUGGACUUUUCAGAAGUAUAACAAUAUUAUGAUGCUUUUUGGCUUAGGUGCAGGGUUGCAAAGGGAUUGAGGAAAAUAAUAAUAAUAAAGCUUUAGUUCACAAGGGAUCUUCAUCUUUGGUUCAAAUGUUCUUCUCUGAUGUCUCCAAGGUAACCGUGUUCUAAAGCCUGAACCCUUUCACUCAACAAAGCAAUGAUGAAUGUCUCAAGAUUGCUGGGAACAAUAGCUCACAUGGGAGGAAAAGCAAACACAAAAUAAGAGAUUUUUUCUAUCUUUUCCAAACAGACGUGUGGCACGAGGAUUUUGGUUUUUUUGGCUCUAGAUCCAUCUGUUCCAACAAGUUCAUUAGUUUGCAAGAUGACUCUUUCAUCUGUACAGGAGGUUCUCAGGAUGCCUGCCUGGGUCUUGGUCAGGAAGGCCCUUUCUAUGAGCUGUGACACAAUUUCCACACUGUUAGUUGAGGAUUAAGAAGGAGGGAGUAGUAAAUGAGGCUUUCCAUUCUCUUGCCUCAGAGUAAAGACAUCUGAUUGUCGUUCAGAAAGGUUGCUUCUGUCUCCCACCCACAAAGUCGCAUGGAGCCAGUUACUGUUGGCCGAUGGAAACAAAAAGAAAUAAUACCAAGAGUUCCUUGAUCAUUUUUGAGACAAAAAAAAAAAAAGUUAAGGGAUUUUAAGUAUAUGGGGUUUUAAUUUUUUUUUUUCUAUUUCAGUGCAAAAAGCCCAUUUCAUUUCCUAUCCAAGAAGCCGCUCAAGUCAGGAUAUCCCUGGUGAUAUAAAGAAGGAAAGAACACUGCUGAAUCAUACAGUAAUUUUCUUUAAAGCACAUAGUAGUUACAUAAAUAUAUAAAUAAAUAUAUUUUUGUUUAUAACUAACACAAGGCAGGCUCUUGUGACUCUAAGAGUGCAUUUUGUCAUUAAGACAAAACAAAUGCAAGAUGUAUCACUGCAUUACUUCCAUAGAGUUGUAAAAUAAUCCUUAAUAUUAGAAUAUUUUUAUGUCACUUAGUCAAAGUGGGUCAAUUAGUGGCAGUGCCUGUCAGUUCCCUGCCUCUUUGAUCCACUCUUUUUCAUGUCCAACCCCUUCCCUCCCUGGCUAAAUGAAGCAGAUGCUUAAAACUCUUUAGAUGGAGCUGCCAUUUGCCCAGUAAUCACAAUCCAAAUUUUAAAAAUUCCCCCCAAAUGAAGGAAAGCAUCACUUGAGGAGGAAAGGGGUUAAUAUACAUACUGAGCUCCUAAAGUUUAAAUUCUGUACUGUGUACAAUAUUAUCCACACACUGAUCCAUGAAACUUACAUUCCAUGCCAAGAAACUGUUGGUUUUUGAAAGGUACAGUGCUCAACAUUUGCAGAUUCAGGUCUCAGAAAGCAGAGAUGUCUCAAAAGUAGCACUUUACUAACAGCUUAGCCUCUGUGCACAGUGUCUCCAUUGGACAGCAUCAGUCCACUAACAAUGUCACACUUUAUCAUCACCAUUGUCCACCAUAAGCAAGUGCUGCUUUCUGUCAUGUAUAUUUUGCUUUAUCUUUUUAAGUAUCUGAUGAGAAUGCUAACUUUUUCCUAACCUGCUUAGUUAAUAAUGGCAAGAAAACAAUAAAUGAAAAGCAAGGUGAUUGAAGGAUGUGAUGACAAUCUGCUAUAGCUAUGUUCAGUUUAUAUGAAAUAUGCCAACUUAUUCUUGUGGAGUAGGUUGGUUCAGAUAGCAAUAACCAGAUGAUUUAACCAAUGUAACUGGUGCAACUGGCAUUCUACAAAUACAUAUGGAACACAAAGACAACUUCCUUCUGGGAUACGAUAAUGCUUCUUUUCAUCAGCUUUGAUGGUAGGUGUGGCUUCCAACAGCAAUGGAUUGGCAAUUAUAUAAAUACCUGCAUAUUUUGAUCCAAUUCCUUAUACACUUCUUUUAAGCGGUAAUGUUGUCCUUACACCCAUCGGAGCUUGUCUUCCAUUUUUACAUUUACAAAAUUUGAUAAUCUUGUUUCAAUAAAUAAAUAAAAACCUU